AUGGCCGACCCCGCGCCGCGUGCCCGCGGCCCAGCCGUCGCCGCGAUGCCGCAGAGCCCGACGCGCAUCUCCCGCCUGCAGGAGAAGGAGGAGCUGCGGCAGCUGAACGACCGCCUGGCCGUGUACAUCGACAAAGUGCGGAGCCUGGAGACGGAGAACAGCGCGCUGCAGCUGCAGGUGACCCAGCGGGAGGAGGUGCGGGGCCGCGAGGUCACCGGGCUCAAGGCGAUCUACGAGGCGGAGCUGGCGGACGCGCGGCGGGCGCUGGACGACACGGCGCGGGAGCGCGCCAAGCUGCAGAUGGAGCUGGGCAAGAUGCGCGCCGAGCACGAACAGCUGCUGGGCAGCUAUGCAAAAAAGGAAUCUGACCUCAGUGGAGCCCAAGUCAAACUUCGGGAGUUUGAAGCAGCCUUGAAUUCUAAAGAAGCUGCACUGGCCACAGCACUUGGUGAUAAGAAAAGUCUGGAGGGAGAAAUUGAAGAUUUGAAAGAUCAAAUGAGAGAGCUUGAAGCUUCUUUAGCUGCUGCCAAGGACCAGCUUAUGAAUGAAACCUUGCAGAAGGUGGACCUUGAAAACCGUUGUCAGAGCCUCAUUGAGGACCUGGAAUUCCGUAAAAAUAUGUAUGAGGAGGAGAUCAAUGAAACAAGAAGGAAGCACGAAACUCGCCUGGUGGAGGUGGAUUCUGGGCGUCAGAUUGAAUAUGAGCACAAACUGACCCAGGCCUUGCACGAAAUCAGAGAGCAGCACGAUGCACAAGUGAAGCAGUACAAAGAAGAGCUCGAAGAGACUUACCAUUCCAAGCUGGAGUGUGCCAGGCUGUCCUCGGAGAUGAGCAGCUCUGCAGCCAGCACCAUCAGGGAGCAGCUGAACGAGAGCCGCAUGCGCAUCGAGAGCCUGUCCUCCCACAUCACCAGCCUCCAGAAAGAGUCUAGAGCGUGGCAGGACAGAGCACAGGACCUGGAGAGCAGCUUGGCCCAGGAACAGGAAAACUGCCGCAAAAGGCUGGCAGAGAAGGAGAAGGAAAUUGCAGAGAUAAGAAAUCAGAUGCAGGAGCAGCUGACUGACUAUGAGCAACUCCUGGAUGUUAAACUGGCACUUGACAUGGAGAUCAAUGCAUACCGGAAAUUGCUGGAGGGUGAAGAGGAGAGGCUGAAGCUGUCCCCCAGCCCUUCCUCCCGGGUGACUGUCUCACGAGCCUCCUCCAGCCGCAGCGUCCGCACGGCCGGCGGCAAGAGGAAGAGGAUUGACGUGGAGGAGUCCGAAGCCAGCAGCAGUGUGACCAUCUCCCACUCUGCCUCUGCCACGGGGAACGUGUCCAUCGAGGAGAUAGAUGUGGAUGGGAAGUUCAUCCGCUUGAAGAACACCUCUGAACAGGAUCAACCUAUGGGAGGUUGGGAGAUGAUCCGAAAAAUAGGAGACACUUCUGCAAGUUACAGAUAUACCUCAAGAUAUGUACUAAAGGCAGGCCAGACUGUUACAAUCUGGGCUGCAAAUGCUGGAGUAACUGCGAGCCCUCCCACUGACCUCAUCUGGAAGAACCAGAAUUCCUGGGGCACUGGUGAAGAUGUGAAAGUUGUGCUGAAAAAUUCUCAGGGAGAGGAGGUUGCUCAGAGAAGCACUGUGUUCAGAACAACAGCACGUAAAGGGGAAGAUGAGGAAGUUGAGGAAGAAGCAGCUGAACCUCUGGAUGAGGAAGACAUUUACCACCAGCAGGCAGAGCAAGGAUCAUCCAACAGAAGCUGUGUGGUCAUGUGAAAUUCCAGCCCCUCUAGGCUACUCCAGCCGUGGUAAUCCCUGCCUGCAGAACAGAGCCUUCUGAGAAGCACAAUGUUAUUUUCCUGUCUGUGAAUUGUUAAAAGCUGCGAGUCUGAUGGCCUUAAAUCUCCUUUUGCCACUGAAAAGAGGGGGGGGGAAAAAAAAAAAAGUUUUAUCACAAGCAUCUCGACCUCCUCGCAGAAUGUGAGCUGGUGGCUCCUGACGAGGAGAAUUGAGAAUUGAUGCUCCUGUCUUUCUCAGUUUUAAAUACCAGUCUCUCUUCAUUGAAACCUUGCUGGAGUAGGAAUAUUCCAGUGUGUUUUGGGGAUCGAUUUUUCUUAGAUUAUACCACUCUAGAUUAGUUGCUACGACCUCUUUGUAUUUUAGAUGCUGUUGGGGAUUGAUUUUAGGAUUCUUAAUUCUGGAAGAGGAUUCAUGUUACACCUUUUAGUUUUGUUAAGAUAGUGUUACCAGCUUAAAUUUUUUAAUGUGUUUUUUUCUAACAAAUUAGCUGUUUUAAUAUGGAUUGCCUUACUUGUUUACACUCUUUAGUAACAAAACCAAGUCUCUAGAGGUCUAGUCUACAUUUGUAUGGGAAACAGUUGUAAUUUUGCCAAUGUUGAAAAUUUUUCUGUCCUUUUCACAUUAUUCCAAUGUCUGAAAAACAUUUAAUAAAGUAUCUCUGUGCAGCAGCAUGAAAUUUUUUGGAAUUUGUUUCUUCCUAGAACUGAGCUAAAAGUUGAUUGAGUGUUGAAUUGUUUAAAUUGAUGGGCUUUGAAGCUGAAGAAACAUCCAUUAAAUGGAACAUUAUUCUUCUGAAUAAUGACUUGAUAUUGCUUCACAUUUUGAAAAUUAAUUCUUUAGAGCUUUGUUCACACUCUGAUGCAUUUGUGCUUAUCUUUGCUUAUGGUUCUGUUCAUACUGGUCUGACUUUUACUGCAUCAUGCCAGUACCAGGCUAAGCAGUUUGAGCAAGCACAGUAACAUAAAGAGAAAUAUAGAACUGCUGUGGGGUAGUUACCUUUGACAUAGCCUGAAUGUAUUGUUUUAAAUGCACAGCCAGAACUUUGGAAGUUGAUUGAUUUUUUUUUUUUUUUUUUUAAUUGACUGAACCUCUUUUUUUUCCCCAUGGCAAAACUAAGACUUUUUUUGCAUGUCUUUCAUCUUGGGUUGAGCCCUUUUCUAGUGACCAAUGUGGUGACAUUUCAUGUACCAGCAGCAGGUAGAAAGGAGGGGUUGAUGGACAAUUCUAAAGUUAUGGUAGGAACCUUCCUGCAUGAUCAGAUUUUUGGUUAUAGCUUUUGUAGAGCCUGUUCUUCAAUGACAAUGAGAGAAAAACGAAUUUUAGCAUAUUUCUUUUUUUUCUUGCUGUGA